GAAGAUGCUCGCUGCUCUCCAGCUUGGCUUGGACCCAGCCAUAGAGUGCCUGCCGUCGUCCUGUGCCUGCCCCUUCAGCUGCGCGCAAGUUGCGUCCGAUUAGUGUCCUGCCUGCACGGUACUUUGCAUAUCAUUUGCCGGCGCACUUAACGCGUGUCGUCCCGUUGGCGUAAUAAACACGAGGGUCAACAAUUUUGCAGGAUGGCGUCGCGAUGGGAUGGGGCUGGCGUGCCCGACGUGCUCAUCGCCCACGCCGCCGUCGUCUGCGCGGCCGUGGCCAGCGGCGACGCCGACCGCUUCCUCCAUGAAGACCCGACCGUGCUGCCCUACUCGGUCUACUUCAACCUGCCACCGCUCUACGCGAGCGACGAGUUUGUGCUCGUCGAAACGCCCGACUGCGUCGUCUGCUGCGUGAAGGCGCCUAUGGUCGCGCAGCAGCUCAUCGAGGUCACCGAGCGGCAGACGACCUUUCAAUAUGCUGGCCGCGUCCACGCCUCGUUCCAUAAGCGCGCCGUGUACAUUCGCUCGGUGUUGGAAGAGCUCACCGAAGCGACCAAGCCGCUCGUCUUUACGGGUCACUCGACGGCCGGUAGCAUUGCGCAGCUCUGCCUCCUCGAGACGCUCUUUCGCCACUGCUGCUCGGACGAACUGCAGUUUGCGAUCGAAACCAUUGACGCCGACCACCGCCAGAAGAACCCGACCACCUUGUCGUCGCUUGACGAGCUCAACGAGUCGCUGCAGCUCGACCUCGAGAUGCUCUUGCCGCAGCCGUCGGUCGCCGCCGAGAUGGCGCGGCGCUUCUUUGCUAUCGGCUUUGGGGCACCGUGUGCGGCAAGCGCCAACUGCCGGGAGCUCUUUACCUCGCUGGCGCUGCCGCUGCAACUGAUCACGCUCGUCAACGAGUACGACUGCAUCCCGUCGAUCUACAACGUCGCGCAGGCGUCGUCGCUGGCCGCCAAAACCACGACCAAGUUCAUUGCGAUCUCCAAAGCGACCGCGUCGCUCCUCGGGCUCUUCCCGACCGUCGAGCGCCUCGACAUGGAGGGCAGCGGCCUCAACCUCGCGCCGAGCGUCUACAUCAAGAUGACGUGGUGCAUCCUCGCGACGACGGCGUAUGUCAACAUGACGUGGUCAGUGCUGCACAAGGUCUUCCGGCAGUUCCAAGACCACGUGCUCGGCCCUAUGUGGCGGGACGUCCAGUACGUCCCCUUUGGCCGCUACGCAUUCUUGUCCAAAGAUUCGUUCGAGCUUGUCGUGCAAGACGAUGCGGAUGCGAUCCUCGGGACGCUCCAGGCGACGCUCGAGGUGCUCUCGGCGCACGCGCUCUGGCAGCACGUCAUGCCCGCGUACCUCGCCCAAGUGCUCAAGCGCGUCGACGACCGCCACCCGGACAUGGACCACUACGAGCGGCUGCAGGUCCCUCGGGACGCCUCGUCCGCCGCGAUCGUGGCAGCCUACCGGUCGCUCGCGCUGCGCUGGCACCCGGACCGGUGGUCGCGGUCGUGCGACUCGGCCGAGCUGGCGUUUGCCGAAGACAUGUUCAAGCUACUGGCCGAGGCCUACGAAGUGCUCUCGGACCCGACGACCCGCGCCGAGUACGAUGCAAGCCUCGCGCACGCCAAGUGCGCGAACGCCAAACUCUUUCCGAUCUCAUUGGACGACGCGCUGCUCCUCUUUCAGCGCGAAGCCGACAAGUGGCAGUGGGUUGUGCGUCCGAUGGCGCGGUCGGCGAGCAAUGCGCUGGGCGUCGCGCGUGCCAAGCUCACGCCGCACCGCUUCGAGACGGGCAACCACGACAACGUCUUCCUCGGGCACAAGAUGCGCGUCUUGCGGGAGGAUGCCACCAUCACGUACGUUGGCCGAGACGACGUGCUCCCAAGUGACCGACCGGUGCCGUCCAAGCUCUCGGGUCUCACGGCCGCGUCGGUGGUCGGUGGCGCCGUCGCACUCGGCGCGGGCGUUGCACUUGUCAUGAACGCGUGGUCCCAGUACAGCGACAGCAUGAAGCGCCAGCGACAAGCCCACACGGUCCACCAGAUGCCACCGCUGUACCUUGAGCGACUGUUGACCGACGAUGUCGACGACGACGACAGCCUCCAAGUCCUCGAAGAGUUUUACGACUGUCUCGACGAGCUCGAGCUCGCUCGCUUGCAGCAGUCGGCCGAGGACACCUUCUUCGACUGCCUCGAGAGCACGCUGACGAUCUGUGACGACACGGAGCACCGUGUCGUCUUCCCCAACGGCGCGUCGGUGCGGACGCCAUUUGGAUCGGGCGUCGUCGUCGACGCGUCGCUCGACGGUAUCUACGAAGUCGAGAUCCACGGGCUCGGCACGGCGUACGUGCAGCACAGCGACGUGCGGCGCGGCGGCGAGGCUGAAGUCCACGGAAAAGAGGCCCUCCUCGAGACCAAGCGCAAGGACCUCGUCGCGCUCGUGGUGAGUCGGUACGCAUUGCAGUCACCGGCCCCCGCCUCGAUGCUGGCGGUGGGCACCGACGCCGCGCUUGACAGCGGGGUCAAGGCCGCGGGCGGCGUCGCCCUCGUCAAAAGCAUGGAGCGUCUGGCGCCGCGCGUCUCGUCGUCGGCGGCCCCGCUCGCGAUAGCUGCGAUCCUCGUCGACAUUGGGCGCGAGUACAUCGAGUACCGCGCCAACCGCAAAAAGCACGGCAAGUGGUCAACUGCGACGUCCGAGCGGCUCCUCAUGCAACGCUUCCGCCUCAAGGCCGGAUAUCACGUGGCGGGCGGCACGGGCGCCGCCGCCGGAGCGACCCUCGGCGCGUACGGGCUCACGUCGAGCGUCGGGUACUGGACCGGCUCGGCGUUUCUCGGUCCUGUGGGGCUUGCUGCCGCCACCGGCGCCGCUGUCGUCGGUGGUAUGCUCGGCUACUUUGUCGGCGCGUCGGCGUACAGUGGCACGACCAAAGGGUACUUUUCGUCGUUGGCGCGCGCGACCGAUGAGAUUGAGCGGCUCGAAUUUGGCGCCAAAGUGCUCUUUACUGAGUUUGACCAGUCGGGCUCGGGCGCCGUGCCCAUCGCUGACGGCGUCGCGCUCGUGCAAAAGCUGUGUCGCGCCGCGGGCCUCUCGCCGCCCGACGGCAUGCCAACGUCCAACGAGACGCUCUCGUGGACGACGUUCUGGGAGUGGGUGAGCCUCGAAGCGGUGCGCAAGCUCGAAGCCCUCGAAGCCGAACAAGACGUCGAGUACAGUGGCGGGUGGUGGCCCCGGUACCUUGGCUCGUUUGUCUACGCUUCGCCGCCGGUGACCAAGCAGCUCCGGUCGCAGUCGGCGCCGGCGUCGCUGCUCAGCGCCGUUGUGGCAACGCCGCCCACAUCGCUCGACCGGCCACGACGGCCGACAGUGACGAGCCGCAAGAGCCUGCACGUCGAAGCGGCCCAGCUCGAGUGCCUCGUCGACCACGACUGGCUCACCAAGGAGGACGCGUACCACCUCAAGACGCUCAUGCUCUCGGACGACGAAGGGUUGCAAAAGUGCGCGCUGGAGACGAUCCACACGAUGCAGGAGGCGUGGGAGGUCGAGAGCGAGGGCGGCUGCCUCAUCACGUCGGCCUUCUCGCCCGUCGACGCGCCCGAAGUCGACGACGCGCACCAAGUGGAAGUGAAUGGCGCGCCGCGCUACGACGAGCGCGAGUGCUUGGACGUCAUGUGCUCACUUCUCUCGGCGGACGGCGUGCGAAGGCUCUUGCUCGAGCACGGCGUCGACGUCCCGGACACUGCGUCGUUCACCCACCGCGACCUGCACGGCCUCGCGCUCACAUAUUUGGCCGACGAGCCGCUGUAGAGUUUACUAUCGUAAUUUGCAACUUGUUGUGUCAUAUGAGGCAUCAACUACCACAGGUUUUG